AUGGAUCCUUUAUUCAACACCACGGGCAUUUCACCUUUAACCAUCAGCUCCAACGACACCAACAACGGGACCGACCACUGGAACCAGUUUGUUCAGCCAGCCUGGAGAAUCAUCCUCUGGGCCACUGCGUACAGCUGUAUAGUGAUCGUGUCUGUGGUGGGUAACGUGAUUGUGAUUUGGAUUAUCGUGGCGCACAAACGCAUGAGGACUGUGACAAACUAUUUUCUGUUGAACCUCGCGUUCGCCGAAGCCUCCAUGUCCGCCUUCAACACGGUCAUUAACUUCAUCUACGCCGUGCACAAUGAGUGGUAUUUUGGACUGGUCUACUGCCGCUUCCACAACUUCUUUCCGAUCGCAGCCGUCUUUGCCAGCAUUUACUCGAUGACUGCCAUCGCCCUGGACAGGUAGGAUGAGGGUUUCACCGUCUGUUGCAUCUGAGAUAAUAACUUCGAGGCAAUGUGGUUAUCCUUGAGAUUUAUGGUUCAGAGCAUGUGAAGGAAUUCAACAGUUUGGAGAGAUGUAAUGAAGAAAAAGAUCCCUCUUAACUUUUUUUCUCCUCAUUUGGUUACAGCUGCAUAACUUUAAUGAACUUUAAUGGUGCCAGGUGAAUUGAUUGAUUUUAAUUGGCACAGUUGCAGAAAACUUGGUGUGAUAUCCCUUUAAUUUUUCUUUACAUCCUGUUACAAAACUCAACAAAUUAUGAAUAAAUUUAAUUAAAUUUGAUUUUUAAAAAAGACAUGGCAAAUAAAGAACUGUGAAAUGACAAAGCAAGGAGCUUGUCUUUCAGUGUGAAUUUUGCAAAAUUUAUUUGCCAUCAAUUUUCAAAUUUCAGGUUCAGGUUCAAGUUACUUUAUUAAUACCCGAAGGUAGAUUUGUUCUGCAGUGAAAUAAAACGAUGACGUCCAUUUAUACAAGUUACAGUACAAAUAUAAAACAACCACAAAACAGAACAUAUGAUAAAAGCACCCCAAGGCUCCCCAGUCAGGACACAAGAGAGGGAGAAAAACAUCAAUACAUAAAGAAAUGCAAAAAAAUAACCCAAAUAAACAACCUCUGGAUACAAACCAAUGUAAAAACAAGUUUAAAACAAACAUAAAUAAGUAAGUAAAUAAUACCUCCGCAGUAUGUGCUAAUUGUGCAAAAUUAUGUGCAAAAUCUCUACAACUUGUUCACUUCAAUAAUAGCAGCAGGAACAAAGAAACCUCCGUCCAGAGGGAAGAAGCUAGAACUCGCUGUGUAAAGGGUGGGAGUCGUCAUUUAAAAUAGAGAGAGCUAUCCGCUGUCACUGUAAUUUACAUGUCAGUAUAAUGUUUCUGGACAAAAACUCCACACUGACUGGGUUUAGAUUCAUUUUUGAAGGAUGUGGUACCUAAUGCAGUUUCCUUAAGGCAAAAUAACUGAUCCACUGUUAAUUAGGUCCACUGUGUUGAAUACUAGCCUUCAUGAAGUUCACUGGAAAAAGAAAUCAUUAUUAAAAUAUAAUGUGAGGGCGUCUUCAUCGUUUGAUUCUGUGUCAUUGUCGUCUCAGAGUGGAAAAAACCCAUGUGCAGAGAGUGUCUCGGCUUUGUCUUGCUGAAAUAAGCAGAGAUGUCCCUGAAAACGACGUGGCUUGGAUGGCAGCAUAUGUUGCUCCGGAACCUUUAUGCACCUUUCAGCAUUAAUGGAGCCUUCACAGUUGUCACAGUUAGCCAUGCCAUGAGCACAGACACACCCCCGUAUCACAGAUGCUGACUUUGAGCUUUGACCUGAGAACAAUCUGGAUGGUUCUUAAACGGAGGACACCACGUCCAUGAUUUUUAAAAACAAUGUGAAAUGUGGACUCGUCAGACCACAGCAGACUUUUCCUUUUUGUAUCAGUCCACUUCAGAUGAGCUCGGGUCCAGAGAAGCUGGUGGUGUUUCUGGCUGUUGUUGAUAUCUGUCUUUGUCUUUUGAAGGUUAAGUCUGAACUUGCUCUUGGAGAUGUAGAGAUGAACUGUGUGAACUGACAAUGGUCUUCUCAAGAGUUCCUGAGUCCAUGUGGUAAAAUCCUUUACAGAUUGAUGCAGGUUUUUAAUGCAGUGUUGCCUGAGGGGUCAAAGGUCAUGGUCAUUUAAUAUUGGUUUUCAGCCUUGCUGUUUUCGUGCAGAGAUUUCUCUGGAUUCCCUGAAUCUUUGGACGAUUGUAGAUGACGGAAUCAAGAAAUUCCUGCAAUUGUACCGUAGAGGCAGGGAUUUGCUUUCUUUUUUGCUUGUCACUAGAGGUAAUGUGUGUGUGUGUGUGUGUGUGUGUGUCUCACUGGGGCUGAUUGAUUGUCAAAUGGAUGUCACCUGUGCCUGCCUGUAAAUUAUUUGCCUGGUUCAGAGAGAGAGGAGGCAGGGUGCUCAUAUUUCUGUUGACCGCUAAACCUUUUUUUUCCUUUUGACAAUGAAAAUCUACAUCAAAUACAUGUUUUAGAAUUUGAUUUAUUGAAAGAGAAAAUAAAUAUCUUAGAGCUGCACUAAAAACUUCAUGCUUCCUUCUUGGAUUCAGUGCGCCAGAAAGAUCCUUGUAUUCCCCUCUCAGUGACUAAUUUUGUUUGGAUAAUCACAAUAUGUACAUUGACAGGAGUUGUCCUUAAACUGUUGGACUAUUUCCCUUUACGCGUGGUGAACCUGGCCCCAUUCUUACCCAGUCAUCAUCCUCACCUGUUCCCAAUUAACCCUCUCAUCUGUGGGAUGAUCCAAACGGGUGUUUUUGGAGUUAUUUCUCAGACUUUUGUUGAUCUGGUCCAAACUCUUUUGGAAUGAGUUGCAGAGAUCAAGUUUAAAGUGAGUAAAUAUCUGCAAAAAAAAAAAAAAGUUGAUCAGAGUAAGCAUUAAAUAUCUUGUCUUUGUAGUUAAUUCAAUCAAAUAAAGAUUAACAAGUAUUUGCUUUAGAUAGCUGUUGAAGAUAGGAGCUGUAAUCACAUGAACUUAUCACUCUUUAGAGUAGGGGUGGGCAAUCAUGUGCCAUGGAGGGCCGAGAGGCUGCAGGUUUUCUUUCCAACCCAAAACUCCAUCAGGUGAUUUCACUGAUUAGUCCCUGCUCUCUGCUUGGAGGUAAGGUAAUCAGUGAAAUCAUCUGGUGGAGUUUUGAGUUGGAAAGAAAACCUGCAGCCUCUCGGCCCUCCAUGGCACAUGAUUGCCCACCCCUGCUUUAGCGUUAGCAUCUUACACUUUGGUUACAAUAAUAGUGGAAUUGCACAAAUAGAGAUAGAGAAAAUAAUUCAUCUCUUGUGAUUUAAGGUGUGUCCUGUGUGAUGCACCAUUCAUCAACCAUGUCAAUAAGAUUAUUCAACUAAAAGCUGCACUUAUUGAUAUAUCAACUACUUUCUAUCAUUAUUUAUUUAUCUAUUUAUUCGCCACAGCAAACCUGACUGUCAUGAUAAUACAGCUUCUUGAUUAGCAUGCAAGCUAGAGGGGUAGUGUUAUUCACAAGGUUAUUUCAUUAAUGGUCUGGAAAUGAACAAACACAGAAUUAAUUGUUGUUAUUUUGCAUCCUUCAUGUUUGUUAAUAGAGUGGACAAAAUAUAAGGAACACAUUUAAAUGUAACGUGCUCCAGUACAGCAGGACCAUCCUCUCUGUCUUCAGAUAUGAAUAUAGACUGACCAGGUGUUCCUAUUGUUAUGGUUGGUGUUUAUAUCAUAUACCUGAGAGAGAGUGUUGGCAUGUCAUAAUUACUCAAACAAAGCUUUUGUCAGCCUCUGAAUGUAACUGGUUAUAGACCAAAGAUGCUCUGCUCAGUAGGCUUGGUGGUCUAUCAGAGAGUCAGUAUCAUGACUUGUAAAACUCUGACUUCAACAUGUACAGACUUGAUUUUUCCCUUUAAUCUAUCUUGAUAGUUCACUCCUCAGCUCUGUUUUUGUGUGAGCAUGGAGCUCAAGGUUAGACAUGUACAGUUUCAUCUUUGCACAGGACAGUUUUAACCUGCCUUUGUGGAUGCAGAGAUGAGCUGAGUUCAGACACAGAGGUUUUUAGAGACAAUUCUGAGCCAGCAAAAUGAUUUUUUCUCUUCAAAGUCGUGUCUGUUUUUAAUGUAGUGCCGCCUCGGGCCGAGAGACCAAUGCCUCCUAAUAUCGGCGUUGCUUUUUCCAGUGAUGAGCUGCAUUUGGAGGGAAUUAGCUUGGGCUGUGGCGAGGGUUGUUAGUUUUAAUCUGUCCAUUAAUAAGACAUUACUGUGUCACAAUGUCUCAGUUUCAGUGAGCUGGGGUGGUUUCGGCUCAGAGUCGGUCGUCUCUUAACCCCAGGCUACCUCUGCUGGUUGCACUCAGUGGGAAUGGAACUAAAGUCAAAAACUGAUGGUGCUUCACAUAGCCGUCUCUGCCAUCAGUGGGUGAAUGAGGUGUGAAUGUGACAUGUAAUGUAAAAGGGUUUUGAGUGGUCAGAUGAAUAGAGAAAGUGCUGUAGAAAAAAAAAGUCCUCUUCCCAUUCAUGCUCAGAGCACAUCUAAGAGUAGGAAUAUGGACAGUCAAGUCAAAUUGGACACUUAGCGACCUGCAGCGCCGGAGAAAGAGCACACUGUGUGUAGAGGCUUUCAUUUUCAUUUCUGAUAAUUAACGUCAUCACCCACGGCAACAGUAACAUCACUCAUCAUUCAUACUCCUAAUUAACCUCAAUUUCAUCAUCAUUAUCAUAGUGCUCUUCAUCAUCAUCAUCUUUAACAUGAUGAUGAUGAAAGAUAGGAAUCUGUCAUCUACAUCAUCAUGACCAUCUAUAUUCUAAGAGCUGAAGUGUUCAUGAAAGAGAUGUGAGGGUUGAAAGAAGAUGCCACACAUACAUUAUUAUGGGUAGGGCUGGGUGAUAAAACAAUAACGAUAUAUAUCAAAAAUUAAUUUUCCCUUGAUAUCAAUAUAAAACAUGGUCAAUAUGCUUUUCAAUAGUUGGAAUAGCUAAUGAAAAGGGGAGUUGCUCCAGGUCCGCUUUGGGCUGAACCAAUUGUGCUGAAUUAGAACCAACUAGCAAAUAACUGCAUAGUAGCAGACAGCAGCUACACGCAACUGUAACACUUUAACAGGUGAAACCGACAGCACUGUUGGUGAGGAAAAAAAAGAAAAUGAGUGCCACCCCCAUCGAUGACAACAUCGUCAACAACACUGGCACGAAAAUAUCGGUGGUGUGGAGGUAUUUUGUUUUUUUUUUUAGGUUGGACAUGAAGCAGAGAAAUAUGCAAAUUAUGUCGAGUACAUGUUCUCGCAAAGUCGAGGUAUACCUCAAAACUUUUUCACUGCCUGAAGCAGCACCACACAACAGAGCACGCACAGUGCAAAAGGUUACAAACCCCGAGCGGAGCAAGGAGCCCACGACGCCUGUGCAUCCGAACCAUGCAGUCGACCAUUCAGUCCGCUUUCUCUAGCAAUGCUUUACGACAAAAUGUCAAAGAGACACAAAGACCUCACAGAUGCAGUAGCUUAUUGUAUUGCAAAAAACAUGCUACAAAUGAGCACUGUUAAAUUUUAUUUUUCAUAUAAUAUACUGUAUAUCGAUAACAACUGAUAUGGAAAAAAAAUGUACCAUGAUAAAUUUUGUCCCAUGUCGCCAAGCCCUGAUUAUGGGACAUUGUUUUUUUACAGCAGGUUACUGUCAUCUUCCUCCAUCUGAAAUUUCUGCUGUUGAAGAACUUAUUCACUUAUUCAUGUAAAAUGAAUUCAUUCAAUAUAAAUCCACUGUGGACACUCCGACUGAAUCUUAAGGUGGAUAUUGAUUUAUUCACUGAACCAUUUUCUUGAGCACCAGUUUAGUUGUGGUUUUUUCUUUUGUGUGUGUGUGGUUGAGGGUAAUUUUUUCUUGACUGUAUCUUCUCCCUCUUUUUCCACUGGAAGGUACAUGGCCAUCAUUCAUCCUCUGCAGCAGCGCAUGUCGUCCACAGAGACCAAGGUUGUGGUGGGGGUGAUCUGGGUGCUCGCUUUGCUCCUGGCCUUCCCGCAGUACUACUACUCGACCACAGACCAGCUCCCUGACCGUGUGGUGUGCUACAUCGACUGGCCCGACUUCGCCGUGUGUGACAUCAAAAAAAUGUGAGUGCCUGUGGACACCAUUUGUCAUGGAUUGAUGUGAAUAACAUUUGGAUUGACAGUAAUUGAGGGAGGAUGUGGUUUGUGAUCAACAUGAGAGAGAGCUGCAGAAAAGCCCGGGAGCUUUUUUUUUCUUUGUAGUUGAUAAAUUGAAGCCACAUCACUGGGAAUGUGUGCUCUUCUUCUGAAAGGCAGAAAAAUUGUGUUGAAGGAAGGGAAAGCAUCAGACUGAGAGCUUGUGCCACCAUUCAUCCUCUGUGUGAUGUUAGGAAACUAUACUGAAGUAAGUUUCCAGCCUGUACGAUACUUUUGAUUCAGCUGGGGUAAGAAAUGACAGCAGCCAAAGGACUGGACUUUUUAUGACCCGGCUAAGUAAUAGCAGACACAUCUUUCAGCUUCUAAAUGGCAGCUCUGUAUCCGCUGAGUUUUAGGCUAAUUAACAAAGAGGGGAAAAGCAGGUGCCAGCUCAUGUCAUUCCCAUCCAAGAGCCAUUCACAAGAAAUGAGUCACUCUUGACCUGCCCGUCACCAUGAGGAACAACCAGGAAGAGAAAAAAGCUCCAGACCAGACAGGAGAUGAACUGUUACGAAGUUUGGGAUCAAUUAAACAUCUGUUUGAGAGACUGAUCAUUAAAUGUGGAAGUUAGGAGUUACUAGAUUGAUCGAUAAGGACAACAGCUGCAACCUCUGAAACAUCCUGACGGUUUCUUACUUGAGAGAGUACGAGCGGUGAAGCCUGGACAAAAUUGAGCCGUGUACACCAGCAUGAAAGUGAUGAUGCGUAAGUGGCUGCGAGGUGUUCGACUGUUGCCAUGCAUGAAUUGGCCAAAUGCUGUGCUGAGAGAAUUGACGUCAUGACUGCAACGAAGAGUCACAGAGAGGCAGAUGAGCUGAUCGACUAAAGGGGUGGUAGGUAAGAAAGAAAGGAAGAAAGGUUGUCCUUCUGGGCAGAAGAAUGAAUGAUUCAUCUAACCUUACCGCAAAAAACAUGAGCCCUGUUCAAAGGUUUUAUACAAGGGCCACCGCCUGCAUUGACAGCCAUUCAUUAUUUUGUAUGAGGCUCUUUUAACAUAAGGGCAACUAGAGGCAGAGGCCAAGUCUGAGGCCCUUCUCACUGCAACAGGUAACACAAUUUGACUCGUGCAGACAGUCGUUUGGAGUCCCAGGACUCAGCGACAUGAUUGCAAAGCAUUAGCUGCGUUUACAUGGGCACAAGUUAUCGAAAUAAAUGCCCGAUCGGAAUAAAAAUGUGUCAUGUAAACAUGUCGAUCCGAAGAUUCUGAUUCAAUUCGGCUCAAUUGGAGAGAAAAUUGUAUUCCGAUUGCGAGGGGUGGUUUAUGCCGAUCAUGAUUCCAAAACGCGUCCAUGUAAACACUUACUCCGAUCGUGACUCUCUUACCUGAUUCGAUCUUCACUCUUUAGUCUUUGGCUCAUUUAUUGAGGUCAGUUCAGGACAGAUGCCGCCUGGUCUACACUCUGGAGAUCAACUUAUCCUCUCUUUCAAUCAAUCUGAGACGAUAAAGUUUCAAGGACCUCACGAAGACAAUGGAUAUUAUGAAGCUGAUUAUGAGCCGUGUCUGCUCCUUCAGUCACAUAACAGGGCGCACAUACAGAGUAAUGAUGUCACAUCUGCACGUACAGUGCAACCUUUGACGGAACAGUAAAGUAAGUGAGCAAAGGCGCCAUCUGGUGACAACAUUCAACAGGGGAAAUCUCCUGAAUUGGAUAGAGUGAGCCAUGACCACGUUUGUUGGUUUGUUGACAGCACAGGGGUAAAUACAACUCUUCCUCUGCGGUCGUUUUAGUGAAAUCAGACAACUCUGCGCAUGUCCAAAUCGUAGACUGGAUAUACUAUGGACAACUUGGUUCUGUCUUCCGCCAGUACACAGAUUUGAAGCUGAAAAGCUCUUGCUAAUUUAGCGUUUUUAUCUCCACUUCCUGGAACCAGCAUUGUACAGUAGCAUUCUACGCAUUCGGCAGGAGAGUCGCCAAGAGUCACUGUGAUGACGCUCAGCUCAAAUAGUAUAUCCCCCGGUUGAGCUACGCAAUCUUUGAACGCCAAUAGGCUGUAUCAGGUGUCAAUCAAAGAAAACAUGAACCCCUAAUAACUUUUAAAAAUGGAGCUUCACAGAAAAAAGAGGACUUGAGCACAAACCCAUCUUACAGUAACUACAUGUCAACAUCAUAAACAGGGGGGAGAAACAUUGAUAUUCUGUGUAAUAAAUUUCUAAAGUUUGUCCACAGCUCCAUAAGCUUUGUUGGCGGAGGUAGGAUUUAUGACCUGUACCGCAGCCCGUCACCAGAGGGUGCUGUUCUCAGAGUGUCUUCACCCAGCAAGGAGGCAGACGCUGCCCAUUCUAUAUACAGUUUAUGGUCCAAAUGCUUCUAAUCUGAAUAAAGCUUGUUGCAUGUAUACGCACCUCAUGAUCAGAUUAUUUGCUUUUGCAGCCAUAUAUACAGUGGAUUCAGAUUAUCUGAUCCCUUGAAUUUUUAAUCAGAUCAAGAAAUUUGCCAGCUGGAUGACAGGAAGGUUAGCUGUCAGCUGAUAUGUUCAAUCCUUUGGUUGAGCUGAAGAGCUGUGGGCUUAGCUUGACUUUAAUCAGGAUCAGACUGAAGGAAAACUGUGCAUGUAAACACAGCUUGUGUUACAUAUUUAUGAUAAAGCGCUUGGCGUUCGGCCCUGGCACUGUUUUAAGGCCUGCAGGACCAGCUGAUUAAGACAGCGGUCCCUGUUUGUGAAUGGAAAGAAAAGACACACUGUUCCCAGCUUGGAUCAAGUUGAUUUGCUCACAUCCUCCCUGCUGCUGGCCGUGCUGUAAGAUCACCGGUGUCGCUCUUAAUGACUUCCAGCACCUGUAUGAGGUGAGAGCCGUUUCAAAGGCCAAGGCCAUUAUUUUGGACCCCCUGCAUCCUUCACAUGCGGAGCUGGGGGGUGAAGGUUCAGUCUUCUCAGGCACAGCACGAAGAGAUGUAAACCAUCUUCUAUCCCAUUGGCUGAUGGCUUUUUAAACAAAUUCUGAUUACUGUGAUCUGUGAUAACAUCUAUGAAUCAAUCUGUUAUUGAGUUUCUCUUCGGGGAUCCAUAAAGUUCUUCUUAUCUUAUCUUAUGAACCUAGACAGUGUAGUGAAUACAUGGAUAUUUGACUAUGUUGUGUUUGUGGUUUCAUCUGUUUAGGCUACUAUCUGCACAAACUGGAGUUCACCAGGUCAUGAAUAAGCUUUCAUAAGUAUUUGUGAUAGGAUAAGUAUUUCUAUUCAGUCAUCAUACUUUUAAAAUAAUUUCUUCUGUCAAAAAUGGUCCAUUAUGUUCACAGUUUGCACUCCAGACAAGGUUUAACUCUGCGGCUUUUUAAAGGGGAGCUAACCCCCAAUUUCCACUGCAUUCAGAACUGCUACAAAAAGGCCGUAACCGCCAAUCGUAGCUGAUCAUAACCAUUCAAGUUAAUGUGUCAAUUUCCACUGACUUCUUUCCACCCCGCUCUGCGGAUCGCUGGACUCCGCAGCUGAUCGCACAAGUUCUGUUUUUUCCAGACGCUGGAGCAUGCUGGAUAAAUUCAGCCAGGACUAACCUGUGCUGGAAAAGAAGUAGAGCACAAACACAAAAUAAAACAUCCGACUUCUUUUCUAAAUAAAACACUUUGUGUUUCAGGCGGGUUGUAUUCCACCGACCAGGUGAAAGGUUUUUAGACGUCAUUUCACCCCUAAGACACCAUAGACGAGGAGAUACUUAUUUUAAAAGUCUAGAAGUAGAUUUCCUCUUCUGAAAGGACACAAUCUACUGCUUAUAUGGUUAGCCUAUGUGGCUAAAGACAGCUUGUUAUCGUGUGAUUGCGAUUGAAUCCGUGGGUUCUUGUGAGUUCUCGCAAUUCCUGCUGUCCGUAAUUCACCACAUAAUUCGCCUCACAAACGGAUCUGGCAAGAAUUGGCGCAGGCGAAAAUCGCCGCCAUUCCGGAUCAGAGCCGUUCUGGAUGCGGUGGAAAUCCUGGGCAACUUAGAUGUUCAGAUUGGCACUUGAACAUUUCCACUCUUGUCCGAGUUAGCUCUCUCUGGAUGGCAGCAGUGAAGGUCUGGACCUCCUGAGAAGCAGUCCUGAAGUCAAUCCACACAUGACAUUUUCGUACUUGGACUUUCACCAAAGUUGCCACCUGGUGAAUAUUUUGUAGACCCCCUCCUCUUUUGUCAUGUCAGAACCAAAACAGCCCAAACCUAGCAAGACAUGAAUGCCACUGGACCUCUGAGGGUGUGCUGUGGUUUAUAAGGGUAAAAAAAUACUACUCAGAAACAAGUGCAGGGAAACAUAUGAGCACAGGUAGACACAAUCACUCAGGUACGAUGAAGCACAUAUCUAGAGUUUUACAAACUUUGCACAGGGGAAAUCAGAGAUUUCAUGCUUCUUGUUGUCUGAUCUUGUUCACUAAACUGGCUUCUGCACGAUGAAAGCAUGUGGUAACUGCCGGCAAGGCGGCGUGGAGCAGGAUAUUCAGUUAGCUGUCAGUUUCCUCCACAGGAAAGUCCAGUCAAGGGGGCAGCUGUUCUCCUUCAUACACACAUCCAUUAAUUAUGCAUACUGAAACAAACACAUGCAAGUUUACAGGAGCAAACUCAGGAUUCUGCACACACACACAGGUAAUCUUCAACAAAUAUUUUAGCUUUUCUAAAGGGACGGCUCGUCUUCUGUUACCAUUGCAAUGAAUUAAAAAUUAGCUGUUAGUGUGUCCUUCAUGAACGUGUGUGUGCGAAAGGAUGAAAGACAUUUGAAGCAUGUUAUUCCACAGAGAGGGGAAGAUAACAAACAGCCGCCACAGAAAAACAGCAGCCGUGAACGCAUAUAAGAUGCUGCGAAUAAUUUGUCAACAGCUUCGCUUGAUUCAGUUUGUUUGACGUAGAGCAGCUUCUGUUUGCAAAACGGCAUCCAUCAGCUGGAGCUGAGCGAGAGCUGGGACCUUCAGGAAAGGCUUUGUGAGGGAGAACAAGGAAACAACCUGAAUGUGAAGCUGGUUUUGGUCUGAAUUUAGAAAUCUAACACACUUGAUUGAGAGAACUUGUGGUUUUCUUUAGUUUGAAGGACACUGUGCAUCAUUUUCAGAGCAUAAUCUUAUUUUUUUUUUUAUUAUGGAGGUCUUCGAAUUGGCUAGUUAGUAAACAAUCAAUUCAAGAGCAUUAUCUCCAAAACAAAGGAACUCUUUUGAAUCUUUUCUACAAAACUGAAGUCCUUCAUGAACGUCCAAGUACCAGCGCCUUUGUAGACCAACUAGGCAACAGCCCUGAGCGGCUCCGCAACAAGAGUGAUGGACUAGCUAUAGUUAGGCAUAAUUGCAUAGUUACCAGUUGCAGUUCAGCUUGCUCGUUGCAGACAUGUUCUAUAAGCAUAAAACAUCGCUGAGAAACAUGAGCAUCAAUCUGCGUCCACAGAUGGGCCUUAACUCCUGCCUGACCCCGUGAUGCCGCCUGGUCUACACUCUGGAGAUCAACUUAUCCUCUCUUUCAAUCAAUCUGAGACGAUAAAGUUUCAAGGACCUCACAAAGACAAUGGAUAUUAUGAAGCUGAUUAUGAGCCGUGUCUGAUUAUUCAAACCCUUUACUUAUGAAAGAUGAUUUUUAACAUGUCGUUUCUCCUGCACUGGAAGGAGCCGCCGACCGCUGUUUAACUUCAUUCAGAAAAAAUCUAAAGCAAUAAUCAAUCAACUCAAAACAUGGUGCAGCAUUGACAGAAACAGCUGCAGAGAAUAUAAGAAUCCUGCAGAAAAUGUGUGUUAAUUUGCCAAAAAAGGAGUGAUUUUAGCAGACAGUAUUAACAUACAGUCGACAGUUUACUCCUAAUGUGACAAAAACCCGUUUGAUAAAGAUGACUGACACGCCACAGCCACUGAAACUCAAGUGUGACUAAAAACAGGAAUUAAGGCUGCCACUCAGUGAAUCUGCAUGCCAGCAUAGAUUUACUCACAGUCCCGAUUUUGUCUUCAUGUCUCGUGAAAUUGCUUGUUAAAAAAUAGAAAAUGGUGACAUCUCUGUUGGGCUCAUCGGUCCACUCUGACCACUCAAAGUGCUUCCACACCACAUUUUACAUCCAUGUAAAAUCUGUACAUAGAAGGUUACUUCUACAUCUAGGAUUAUAAUGUUGUCUACGCUAUCUGGCCCGUUAACACCCCAGCAUGUAGACUGCAGGACACAGGAUCAGUUUGGAGAAGGUUUGAAUGUCCAACUCUAGCUGCAUUUACAUGGGCACAAAUGAUCAGAAUAAAAAUGCGUCAUGUAAACAUGUUGAUCGGAAGAUUCUGAGCCAAUUCGGAUCAAUCGGAAAGAAAUCGUAUUCUGGUCGAGAGGGGUGGUUUAUGCCGAUCGUGAUUCAGAAACACGUCCAUGUAAACACUUACUCCGAUCGUGGCUCUCUAAUGAUGUGACAUCUGCACGCAUACAGUCUAUGGCCACUACCGUGUUUGUUGUUUUGUUGACAGCACAGGCAUAAAUACAACUCUUCUUCUGCAGUUGUCCAAAUGCCUCUAAUCUGAAUAAAACUUGGUGCAUGUAUAAACACGUCAUGAUCGGAUUAUUUGAUUUUGCACCCAUAUAAACAGUGGAUUCAGAUUAUCUGAUUCCUCAAAUCAUUAAUCGGAUCAGAAAAUUUUGCCCAUGUAAACGUGGCUGCUGAAGUCUUUGUCUUUCAGUAUGAUCAGCUGACCUCUCUGCUUCAGUCAUUAAUGACAGCUUCAUGUCUUCUCAUAGGUACUCUGUAAGUGUGGCCAUCCUGCUCUACUUCCUUCCACUGAUGGUGAUGGGUUGUGCGUAUCUGGUGGUGGGACUGACCCUCUGGGCGAGUGAGAUCCCCGGAGACUCCUCUGACCGCUACAGGGAGCAGCUGACUGCUAAGCGCAAGGUAAUCUCUUUAAAAACAGAAGCUCAUAUUUUAUAGAUCAGUUUACUCUCACCCUGUCAGAGCGCCUUUGUAAAUUGCAGCCAUGUACAGGAUACGGCCACAGUCGUCAUAUACAGUAUAUAUAGUCAGUCUGAAAAUCACGGUAGAAAUCAUAAACUGUCUGGUAUUGUUGAUAAAAAUGGUUCUGUCAUUCUGCUACAGGUGGUGAAAAUGAUGAUCAUGGUAGUUUGCACUUUUGCAAUCUGCUGGCUGCCGUACCACGUCUACUUCCUGCUGCACCAGUUUUACCCGGAGGCGUUUGGGGAAAGGUUCAUCCAGCAGAUCUACCUGGCCAUCAUGUGGCUCGCUAUGAGCUCCACCAUGUACAACCCGAUCAUCUACUGCUGCCUCAAUGACAGGUAGGCCACAACAACUCUGUUUUUACAGCGAGUUUAGAUUCAGUUAAAGUUAUUUAACUCUCUUACGCAGAGAAGCUCAUCUCUGUCUCUUGAUUACAGCUAUAUGAGGAUUUAUCGUGUAAAGGCUUGAUGUGACAGGGUGGAGCUGCUCACUAUCUGCAAGGUGUCAUCCCAGUGGGCUGACUGAGCUCACCCUCUCAGGCAGACGGCGCUUAUUGCACAUUAACUCGUUUGUUGUGGCCGUUGAAAAGGAUUCAAGAUAACUGUUGGUCCGCUCAGACAGAAGGCUGCCGAGUCUCUUUUUAUUGUGUUUGUUUUUAGUGACUCAUUUGGCUCUAUCAAGCAGCAAGUUAGCUUUAUUACUGUAUUACUGUCUGCUACAAGGACAGUAUCCUCCAGUCAACACCAACCCAGUGUCAUGAUAUGUUCUGGUAUUUAGUUUUCCCCUGGUUUUGGUUAUCUUAGUGUAUUUUCUGUGUGUUUUUUUCCUAGUGUUUCUGUCCCCUAUCGUUCCUGUUCCCCUGUACUCCUGUCUUGUGAGUUUUCAGUUUGUGUCUGACUCGGUUUCCCUCAUGUUCUCAGUGUUUUAUUCUUUAUAUCAGUUUUUAGUGUUUCCUGUUUUAUUUUUCAGCAGUUUAUUCCAUGUUUCUAGUCUUGUUUGACUUCCUCAGUUUUCCCUCCUCUGUAAUUGUCUGCACCUGUGUCUCAGUGUCACACCUGCCUCCCGUUGCUCUUUCCCUGUGUAUAUAUAGUCCUUGUCUUCUCCUGUUUCUUGGUUGGGUCAUUGUGUUGUAUGCUUGUGUCUUCCCAGAGAGUCUCUAGUAAUUUUUUGGUUCUUUUGGAUUUUGCCUCUUGUGUUUUUUGCCUUUGGGAGUUUUUCUCUUGGACAUUUAAAGUAAGUUUUUGUUGCUUUUUAUUUAGUUCAUUUAAAGAAAUUUCUUUUUGUUCUGCAUAUUUGGGCCCUUUCCUUUUUGUUUAACUCCAAACCCCGCCACCCAGUCCAAUCCACGUUGAAAAAAUCUCACACAAAGUUUAUAGUGACACAAAAACAACAAUUACACACUGUAAAAAAUUAGUAAAGGAAUUAAAAUAAGUUUUAAGAUUGAAUGAAGUAAACGCCUCCCAGUGCAGCUAAGUUAAUGAAAUAUAACAAGUGCAUGAAUUACAUAAAUACUUUAAUUAAACGUUUUUGUCUUUAUAGUGGAGGAGGUAUAGAGCAAAAGUGCUACUCUAAAAUAAUAUAAGGAGAAAAACUGCUUAAAUAACCUACUUAUGGGCACAAUCACAGCAAAAUGCGUCACUAGACAGCAGCUGUGUAAAACUCUUCUUCCUCAGCGGACAGUCUAUUUAUUAUCUCGUCUCACAUUGAGAUUCCUCGGCUGGAAAGAAUCUCAUUUGAAUGAAAAACACAUUUGGACCAGAGUUUGGAGAAACUUUAAAAAACUUUUGGGUUCACUCUCAGUCGGUGCCUUUUCUGUCAUUUUUCACGUUGUCGUCUGAAAAACAAAAAUAGAGAUUCGGUUGAGCUUGUCGUCUUCUUUCACUGGUUUCAUUGCAGCUACCUGUUACUUGUCGUCACAUUGUCAGAGAAACAAUGUUCACACUUGUCGUGUUAGGGAGGUACUAAGAGAAGAGUGUGAAUACGGCUGCAGUGAGAUGAGCUUUGGUAAUCUGUCUCUAUAGGAGAUCAAGUCGCUUUUAUCGCCUUAAACUCUGACGAUUUAAAGUCAGAUUUGUCAUUGAUGCUGAUGCCUCCAUUGGUCUCCAUUGAUCUUAUUUUAUCUCUCCUGGUCUCACUUGACAUUUUCUCUUUCUCCUUUCAUCACCUGUGUCCCUGUUUCCAUGAGGUCCAUGUCAGUCCAUCUCUGCUCUAAAAACUCAGGAUUUCCCACCUUGAACACUGAAUCAAUGACUUCUAUCCACAUGAUGAGCUCUGAAAACUCUUUAGCCAAACCUAAAACAUUAACUGGAUGUUCUAACGUUGUCUUAGUGUCUGUUUUCCUUCCUCACUUGAGCUGCUCUGUGCUGAUUGAUGCAUCAUGUCCAAGCGUCUGGCAGAAAUAGAAAGCGUGCGUAUUUGCUGAGGAGGACGCCAGAUUGGCAGAGUUGAAACAGAGCAGAAAUGCAGUGAAGCUUGUGGAAGCAGAUGCACCGACUAAACUGAAAAGCUGUCUUUUCCUCUGCUCGGAUGAAAUGUACGGGUUAGAAUUAAAAUGUAUCCCCUGCAGCAGUGUCAAAGCAAAGCCCACCUCUCCCUUAAAACACGAGAGAGAGUGAGUGAGAGGAAGGCUGUGUAUUGUUACAGCCUCUAUCAGACAUUAUUGUGCAUUUACACCCCCAGAUCCAACCUGCCGAGACUUCAAUCAUUUGAUAAAAUCUGGACCAUGAAAGCCGACAUAAUAAGACACAACAGCUGCAUGAUGCAUAGAAGUUAAAAUGAUGUUUUUGCAUGAUUAUAGAGGUCCCUAGAUGUCACAGAAACAUUCAGGGUUUAUUGUCGGGAAACUGCCGCUCUCUUGUAGUGAAAGGAUUUUAUUAUAAUGGUGCUUUUCCACUGCAGAAACUUUUCGCAGGAACUAGGGAGUCUUUCAGGAACCGUUUCCAUUUCGACCGCAGGAAAUUUACCCAGGAACUAGGGACCCUUUCAGGAACUGUUUCCAUUUCGACUACAGGAACUAGGGUCUGAAGUUAUGCUGUUUUCCAGUUACCUCGGAGGUCGGAUGUCGGAGCUGGGAAUGGCGUUAAACACAAGUUGACAGCGUUCUAGUUAACAAGUCGGAAAACCAAGACGGAUGCCUGCUGUUAGCCUUUGUUAGCUGUUGUUUACAAUUGUCAGCUGUUGUUAGCCGUUGUCAGCGAUUAUUAGUUCUUAGCAAUACCAGUUGUAAACAACACACAACACGGUAUUUUACUCUACAAACACCAUGGCACCGUGUUUACAGUUAGACGUUGGGCAGUGGAACAUAAACGACUUCUUUACUUUCAUAAAAACAAAACAGAAAUGCUAAUGCUCCGAGUCAGAAAUCCGACUUCAGGGGGGUGUUCCAGAUAAAUUUCCGACUCUGAGCUUGGAAAUUCCGACUUCUGAGUACAACUGGAACGCAGCAAUAGUUCUGGGGUAGAAGGGUUACCAUUUAGGCCUUGUCCACAAAGAAAAAAAAACAACAUGUUGCUGUUUUGAUUUGAAAAAGUUGUCCGUAAAGAGGGAAACGUUUCAGAAAAACGAUUUAGUGCAUAUGCCAAGCCAGUGUCGCUGUAAUGCUGCCCCGGAAAUGCACUAAAAAUCAGAAGACGAGAAUGGAGCAUGAGUGUAAACCUUUUCUGCCGUCUGCAGUUCAACUGUCUGUAUAGAAGAAACCAGAAAGAUAAAGGUUGUUUUCACUGGUGGUAAAGCAGCAUCCAUGCGAAUGAAACGCAGACAUGACAAAUUACUUUUGCGUUUUCUUAUAAAUUUGUGGACGGCUCCAAAAGUUAGUUUUGGGGUAGAAGGGUUACCAUUUAAAGACGCUCUGCUCAGGGAGGAGUACUUUUUAAUGACCUGGAGACUUUGGGAGGUAGAGUCUGAUGAUCCCAGUUACAUCAAAAUAACAGAUUGUUAAUUAAGUGAGUCUCAAAUGGGGAGCUGUGAAAGUCACUUAAUUUAUCAAGUACCAUCCCUGGAUGUCAUUUGCAUUUUCUACCCUGAACUUCAGCCCCUCUGUGGAGACAUUGAGAAAGUAAUAUUGGUUUAAUAAGUUAAAACUUACCAUCUGACAACUUAAAAACUCCCUAACGCUGUCCACUUUAAGACGGCUCUAAACUUAAAUCCCCUCUGAACGUUAACUGAAUAAUAUGUUGGCGAGCACGACUUGCCCAGGUACAUCGUUUUUCUAUAUUAUUUGGACAAAUAAAUUGGUCAAAUUAUUUUAAAGAAAAAGUUUCCAAACUGUAUUUUCAAGGUAGUUAUUUACACAACUUUUAAGUGGGUGUUUAAACCGAUCAAUACUUUUUCUAAUCAAUGCCUUUCUUGAACAGGUUUCGUGCCGGUUUCAAACAAGCCUUUCGCUGCUGCCCCUGCAUCCCUCGGGGUUCUUACGAAGGCCUGGAACUAAAAUCCACUCGCUAUCUUCAGACCCAGACGAGCGUUUACAAGGCCAGCCGCGUGGAGAUGACCGUGUCGACCGUCCUCCAGAGCGAGGAGGACUUGAAGCAGCCUCAGGUCAAGGUGAUAGGAAGUACAGGGUCCGUUGAGGCUGUGACUGGGGCCGGUCCACAUGGAGUUUGUCAGAAACAGUAUCAGAGUUGUCCAGUUUCAACGACAGCGAUCAUUAUAUAAGCUUCAAACACAGGCUUCAUUUGUAAAGGAGGAGGUACAGAGUUGAAUGUUUGUGUUGCUGCUUCUGCCUUCAUAUAUCUCUUCAAAAGUAUAGUGGAUUUACGAGGGCGAGCUUCGAACAAGUCAAGAAAGAAUAACAAAGGUAGAAAAUCACUGAAUAUAUUCCUACUGAGUGGCCCUCAGAUGGUGUCUCCUCUUGUCUUUUCUGGUUUAUGAUGAAUCUCCAUCUGUCAGGUUUUCUUUGUGACCCCAAAAACAACAACAAACAAACAAAAAGAGCACUUUAACAACAUGAGCACACUCACGUUCAGUCACUCACUCACUCACUGAGGCAGACUCUAACACUUUUAGACUUCACGACUCCUACUUUCCUCUGAGAGCCAAGGUUCACACUUCCUCAUUCACACAAAUCUUG